AUUUCGUUUGGUGAGGUUGACUGUUCGCUACAGUUCAUGCAGGCCACUGUCGACGUGUCUCUCCGUCUCUUUUCGCCUUUCUCUGACAAAAUACUAUAUGAUUUUACUCAAAAUCUUGAUGUAUAUAUUUUGUGCAAAAUAAAUACAAAUAAAAACCAUAAAUAAAAUCAAGCUAGCCUUGGCAAAAUCAUUGAAAAUAUUUUUAAAAAAUACAUAAAAAAGAAGAGAUAAAAACCAAAUCGAUAUAAAGAUAUAUUUAUACACACAACGGUUUCACUUUGCAAGUUGUACACAAAGUAAAAAAGAAAUAUACAAAUAAAACAAAAGCGAUUCACAGUUAUCCACGCAAAUUGAUCAAAUUGUUUGGUCUUAAAAAAAACCUCUCAAAAUAAAAUAAUACACAAAUACAAAGUGCAAAUCAAUGUGCAAAAUCAAAUUAUAUAUUCAAUAAUUAUCACAUAUAAUGCCGCCUAACAAACUAAACAAACAUGGAUUAACGCAUUUAUUGUAGAUUAUUAUCUAUGGGAUUAUACUUGAAGCCAGCGAAAACGGUUUGAUCAACUUUAUUGAAAGUAAAUCAUUAACUGAAAGUGUUUCAUUUACGUUUCGUACGCGAUUUUUAUGUGUAGACAUCAAAUCAACGACAACCAGAAAUUAGCAGCAUCAUCAUCAUCAGCAGCACCACCAACAACAACAACGAAGGGCACAUCUAACGCUUCGGCUAACAGAUGAGCCCCAACAACAGAUGUCAAUUGCUGCAGCCGAAAAUGCAGGGCUUAGCCCAAGUGACUUACCAGAUCAUUGGGCCUCAGGUACAUCAAAUCCAGCGACCUCAACCAGCAGCAGCAGCAGCAUCAGCGCCAGCGGCAGCAACAACAGCAGCAGCAGCAACAAGUACACCAGCGGCAACAUAUCGGUCUGCAACCUGCCGCGCUCUUCGCCGGCCGCUGCCACAGCAGCCGUUACACUAUCGCCGGCCGCCGGCGGCAUCGGCAGCAACUUGUUGAGCGGACUGCAUCACGGACUGGCGCCCGGAACGCAUCUAUUGCAGCGCGCGACGGCAGCCAGCGGAGGCGGGGCUGGUGCUGGGGGCGUGGCAGGCGCCUCAACAGCAGCGGCACUUACACUCCAACAGCAGCAUCAGCAGCAGCAACAACAAUUGGUCUACCAGCAACACCAGCAUCUGCAGCAACAAAUCAAUUCGCAGCGAUCUAUCCAAAAUAAGGCGGCGGCCGCUGCUGCCGCACAAACGGCUAAUAUUGCAGCUGCGCUGCAGCGAUCGACUGCCAUUAUGAAUGCAGUGGUAUCGCCGAUCUCAGCCAACUCUGCCAACUCAGGGCCGCAGGGCCGAAAGAUACGACGCAAGACGGAUUCAAAGGUCAAUCUGCCACAAUCACAAAUCAACAAAUGCAACAAUGAGAAGCGACGUCGCGAGGCGGAGAACGGCUAUAUCGAGCAGUUGUCGGAGAUAUUGACGCUGAACAAGCGUGGAGAUAUGACCUCAACGAAACCGGACAAGGCGGCUAUACUAAACCAAGUGGUUCGAACGUACCGUGAGAUUUGUGACAAGGGCCAAAACCGUGAUAUAUCCUCAACGUCGACGAACAACAACAACUCCACGACAACGACCAACAACAACACGAAUAGCAACAAUAAUAACAACAACAACAAUAACAACACCAGCAAACCGCAAGCAACCUCAACACGCUGCAGCCGCUGCGCAACGGACAACUGCUCGAUCCAUCCGGUGCAACAGGGUGAGGUCUCCUCCACGGAACCCCCCCUCUCGGAGACAUCCCUCCUCCUCGGCCAGGUGCCGGAGAUAUCGGCGUACUUCGAGGCACUCGAACACUACAUCAGCGGCGUCGGCUGGGUCCUGCUGCAGGUGAACGCCAACGGCAUCAUUGAGUCCUGCACGCAGAACAUCCGCGAGCUGAUCGGCUAUGAGAAACAGGAGCUGUACCACCAGCCGCUCUACAUGUACCUCUAUAAGGGGGAUCACGCCAAGCUAGAGCCGAUCAUCAACAACAUGAACGCCAAUCCAAAUGGCGGAGGUAGCAACUCCGCCAGUGGCAGUGCCGGACCCGCGGGCGUUUGGGGCGAUCUCGAGGAGCUGAACAAUGGCAACGCCUCUCAGCAGUCGGCGGGUUCCAAUUCCAGCUCUGGAGGAGCGGGCGCAGGAGGAGGCGGACCAGGAGGCGCUGCGGUGGGCAAAUCGAAGCGCAGCAGCAUCUCCACCAAGGUGCGCAUGCUAGUCAAGGACACACGCACUGCCACCCAGACGUUGUCGAACUGCGAGGAGAAGCCCCUGCGGCAGUCCGGCCACCAGGACAAGUACGAGGAGGUGGUCCUCAUAGCGGCUCCAGUUAAGGAUGAUGCGGACGCCAGCAGCUCGGUGCUGUGCCUCAUUACCCGACCGGAGGACGAGUCUCCAUUGGAGAUCAACAUUCAGCAGCAUGUGCAACAGCAGCCGAUCGAGCAGAUGACCUUCAAGCUGGACAUCCACGGCAAAAUACUCACCCUCGAUCCCACGGCUCUCCGGGAGCCCUUCAAGCAGCACCUGCAGACGUGGGUUGGGCGCCUGUGGCAGGACCUCUGUCAUCCGCACGACCUCUCCACGCUCAAGUCGCACCUGCGCGACAUCCAGGACUCGGCCAGCGCCAAUUCGCCGGGUGCAGGAGCGGCCUCUAGUGUGGUAUCGCGUCCGUUUCGCCUCAGAUUGGGAGCGCCGGAUGUUUACGUGCACGUGAAGGCCAACUCGAGACUGUUUCUCAAUCAAACGCCCGGCGAGGGCGACUUCAUCAUGUCCGUGCAGACGCUGCUCAACUCGGAGAACGACAUGAACAGCAGUAACACGGGAGCGGGUGGUGGGGGAUUGGGCCUUGGCCAACUGUGCGCCAUGGCGCCGAGUCCCUCGCUCGCCAGCUCCCUGCUCAGCACGCUGUCCAUGGAUGGUCUGCACGGCGGAAAUGGUUCGGGCUCUGGAUCCUCCUCCUCGCCGGCGGCCUCUGGCAUGCUAACCACCCAUCUGCUGGGCGGACUCGUGGGCGGCGGUCAGCAGGGAGGCGGCGGCAACAGCACACAGACCACGAGCGUGGGCGGACCGCUGAUGAGCAGCGCAAUCAUCAAUGGCAGCGGACUGCAGCAGCAACAGCAGCAGCAGCAGCGAUCCGGAGCCAGCUCCUCGGCCAGUUCGUCGGCCAAUGCGCUGGUCAAUGCCUUCACCGCAUCGCCGGCAGCUGCAGAGCACAGCUUCUACGGGAGCGACACCUUCGAAUUCGACAUUGCAGCACAUUCCCUCGAUAUGGAUCCCAGCGGUGGCGUGGGAGCCUGGACGGAUUCGCGUCCCAACUCGCGGGCCUCGGUGGCCACGCCCGUCAGCACGCCACGUCCUCCGUCGGGUCACGGAUUCAGUCCGGCCGUUUGCGCCUCCCCGGCCACGCCCUAUCAGCUCUCCUCGCACUCCGCCGCCAGCCUGCCAUCGCCGCAGUCGAAUGCCAGCGCCGGCGGAGGCAACUACGGUUUCAACUUCCACUCCUUCGAGGCGGGCGAUGUAAAGCCCGAGAAGGAUGUCCAGCAGCAACAGCAGCUGCAGCAGGGAAACAACAAUAGCAGCAGCAACAACGCUUUGAUGGGCGGUUUGCCAAACGGAGUGAGUGGACUGUUGCUCUCACAGCAGCAGCAACAUCAGCAGCAGACACCGCCGCAACAGCAGCAGCAGCAGCAACAACAGGAAUCCUCGGAGCGAUUGCGCCACCUGCUGACCAAGUCGAGCAUGGCCGGCGGGCUGGGAGGAAUGGGCGAGGAUGAGAAGUACUUCAAGCCGGAUGUUAGCGAUGAGGAAAAGCUCGCCGUUGGUGGCUUUAAGAUGGGCGGCCAGCCAGGACCCAUGGGCAUGUUCGGACCCAUGGGAUCGAUGCCACGAGGUGUCGGCAAUUCCAGCAUGCUAAACAAGGCUGGAAAUUCGCAGAACCCCAUGCUGCUCAAGCUGCUCAACGAAAAGUCCGAGGAGGAUGAUGGCAACGGAUCGGGUGGUGGACCGGGUUCCAUGAACAACUCCCGCCAGAGUGAGCUGAUGCGCCAGUUGAAAAAUCCGGACGGAGGCGGCCAUGGUAUGCACCGUGGCAAUGCCGGUGGCAACAUGAGCACCGAGGAUCUGAAGGCCAUGCUCAAGAUCCAGAGCGAUCCGCUGAGUCGCAAGCGGUCGCUCAACGAGCCCGACGACGACCCCUCGGCCAAACGGUCGGAGGACAAGCCCAGCAAACUGUGCACGCAGAACAAGAUGUUGGCCAAGCUACUGCAGAAUCCGCCAAAGAUACCCAAAGCACCCAAUCCCGAGCAGCCGCUGCAAGUGAAGACGCUGCCGGAUAUAACCAGCUCCAGCAGUACGCUGGCCGCUCCGGGCAACCUCAUUAGCGCUGGCAGCACCGGACCCAAGGCGGCCGCCAAUCGCAACCGAAAGCAACAGCAACUGCAGCAGCAACAGCAACAGCAACAACAACAGCAGCAACAAGCAGCCGGCAUUCCUUCCCAGCAGCAGCAACAGCAGCCAAACGAUGUCUACCUCAGCCAGCAGCCGCAGCAACAGCAACUCCAGCCGCCGCAGCUGGCCUUCCAGCACCAGCAACAGCAACUGGCGACCACAGCAACUACCUCAAUUACCACAGCGGCCUCCACUUCGGCUGCGGCGGCUGCAGCGGCGGCAGCAGCAGCGGCGGCCAUACUGGGCGAUGGCGACUCUGAGCUCUCCAAGCUGUUGGACAGCGUUAUGGAUUAUUAUUCGGAUGAUACUCCGAUCGUGACCAAUGCCCCCUCGGAGGCCUCGGCCAUUAGCGAUAUUCAAAAGUCGCUGAUGCUAGACGUGGAGUCGGCUGCUUUUGGCAACGAUCUGAGCCAACACCUAAUGAUGAGCCAGCAGCAACAGCACCAGCAACAACAGCAGCAGCAUCAAAUUCUGGCGAUGCAGGUUGCCCAGCAGCAGCAGCAGCAACAGCGACAGCAGCAUCUGCAGCAGCCGCCCGCCUAUCCGGGCAUGCUCAACCUGCAGCAGCAGCAGCAACACCAACAGCAGCAACAGCAAAGACAGCAACACAUCAUGCAGGGUCUGGAGGCCAUGCGCAAUCAGGGUUUCCAGCGACCACCACCCAUGUAUCCCGCCCGCGGACGUGGACCCAUGAACGCGGUGGCCACUCGGGGCGUGGUCUUGCCCGCCCAGCAGCAAAUGCGGAACUUGCGACAGCAACAGUUGGCGGCCGCCCAGCAGAAGGAGCGCUUGCUGCAACAACAGCAGAAGCAACAGUUGCUCGUGCCAGAGAAUGCCACUGGCAUGAAUGCGGGCUUGAACAACAUUAGCUCGCUGCUCAACACGACGGUGGCUCCAAACGUGACCCUAUCCCGCACUAACCUGCCCUCGGACGCCCAGCUCAGUCCAAACUUUGCUCAGACCCUGAUGCAGCAGCAGCUGAGUCCCGGUCGCAGCACGCCCUACAGUCCGCAGCCCAAUCAAGGCUAUGCCCCACAGUUCCCGCAGCCUGGCCAACGUCUCUCCCCGCAGCAGCAGCAGCAGCUCAACCAGCAGCAACAGAACAAUGCCCAGCAGCAACAGUUGGCCUACCAGCAGCAACAACAGCAGCAGCAGCAGCAACAGGUUGGUGAUGGCGGACGUUCCAACACUCCUUUCGGCUCAAACUCGGGAAUGCAAUCGCCGGGCAUGCAGAACAGCCCACAGCAAUGGGGAGCAGGCGGAGGAGGGGGCGGAGGACCCGGUGGUCCACUGCCAGCCGGUAACGCCGGAAGAACACUGCAGCAGCACAACCCGAUGCUCAUUGCACAGUUGCAGGGCGUGAGUCCGUACAAUGCGCGUCAAUACCAACAGAACCAGAGACGCGGCCUGAAUUCCCCGGGAGCCGUUGCACCCGGCGGCAAUCCGGCCGCAGCGGCCCUGCAGCGGCAGAACUCGUUCCAGGGACAGGGCGGUGGCGGGCCCACGACGCCCGAUGGCUCCGGUGUGGGAUUCGGUGGUCCGCAGUCGCCGUACGGCAACAAUGUCAACGUUUUCCAGCAGCAACAGUUGCAGCGACUGCAGCGGCAGGGCAGUGUUCCACAGGCCACCCAGCAUCUGCCAGGCUCGCCACGCUUUGGCUCCUCACCGGGCAGCAGCAACAACACUGAUAGCUCAGCUGCCGCCAGCAACCAGCAGCAGCAGCAACAACAGCAGCAGCAGCAACAGCAGCAGCAACAUCAGCAACAGCAACAGCUGAUGAACGGGCUGAGCAUGUCGCCACAUCCCCAUCCGCAUCCGGCGAUGAUGGGCGUGGGCGGGAUGGGCAGUGGCGGUGGCAACGGCAUCAUUGGCCUUGGCGGCGGGGGCGGCAACUAUGGUGCCACCCUUGGCGGCUACGGGCAAUCGCAGCAGGCAAAUGAUUUCUAUGGUCGGGCGCAGACCGCUGGCGGUGGAGGAGUAACAGGUGGUAAUGCCAACUCCGAUUUCGUUAAGCAGGAGCUGCGGGCGGUGGUCAGUGUGAGAGCCCAGCAGGCGGCUGCGGCGGCCACGGGCGGAGCCGGCGGCGGAGGAGGCGUGGCCCAGCGGGGACAGACGCCACAGAGUCCGCUGCAGCAAGGUCCAGUGAUCGGGGGCGGCGGAGGAAUUGUGGGCGGGGCCAACAGUACAAACACUAUGGGCAACGUCACGCCCACGGGCAGCGGCAAUGUCGGCAACUCCAUGCUCAACACGCCGCCAGAUCCAACGCUGGGCUUUAGUUUUGAGACGCCGGACUUCUUCACCAGCAGCGCUACGAGGUGACCCUAAGGUGCCUACACCCGACCCAAGGAUCACAUUCAACCAAACUUCUCUUGCGCACGCAUUUAUGGCUCUAAAUAACGAAAAAUAAUAGAAAAUCAAUGGAUGAUAGGCGGAAGCAUGUAAAUCUAACUUAAAAUAUUAGCAGCACUAUUUAAAAAAUAUAUACCUAAAUAUAUUUAUUUUAUAAUACUAGCAAAUAUUAAUUGUAAAGCAAAAUGGGAACCUCGUCUAAAAGAAAUUGCGAAAAAAUAAUUACCAGAUACAAGCUAUAGUUAAAUAUUUUCAAAACCGCAAAUAACUUCAUAAAAAGAUGAAAAAAUUAUAAAAGAAAUGCAUAUUUAUUACGUUUAAAGAUAAAGCCUAGUUCUAAGAGCUAUAUAUACAAAAGAAGGAAAAACAGAAACAAAGCAGAAACAUAAAUAAUUAUGCGUUAAGAAGUGCUGACCGUUUCGAGGUGUUGUUAAAUUGAUAUAUGUAUAUUUAAAACAAAAUUAACAUUACUAUUGUAUAACAUUUGGAGAGGCGCUGGCAACGGCAGCAGUUGGCUAAGCUCUAGACAUAACGACAAGCGAUAAUAUAAUGUAUACAAUUUGAAGGGAAAACAUGUAACAUGUAACACACAAAAACACAAACAUGCUUACGUAUUUGUGUACGUAUGGCUAAUGUAUAUUUAAAAGUAGUGUUGAAUUUUUUUCAGUGUGAUAAUUUGUUAAAUUUUAUAUACUAAAUGUUGCUAAUUUGUUGCUCCAAAAGCACGAGGAUAGCGACCCCCAAAGGCUUUGCUUUAUGUUUACCUUCUAAACAUUUUGAAGCAUCUUCGAACAUUACUUUUUUGCAUAACCAAUUUACCAACCGGACCCAAAUCAUUUCUCUUCGACUCAAUUAUUAUUAAAACUAUCCCUAUAACUGUACAUAUUUUCAUUAAUUAAUUUCUCUAUGUUGCGCCGUCUAAAAUUUUAAUUUGUAAUUUAGUUAAUGCUCGUUUAAAUUUAUUGUAACUACUCUUAAAUACUUUUAUAUCAAAGCGAGAAAGCAAAGCGCGCAAAGCAAAGUUGGCGUUGCAAUUUCAUGUGAAGGCUAUUUUACAGGUUUUGUUUAAACUAAUUUGUAAUUUUAACCAAUUUUAUAUUAACUAUUAAACAUUAAAUUUAAAACAUUGGCAUGUAUACAUAUAUGUUUAAUUCAAAACACUUUCACGAAACAUUUUGCAAGCUAAAGCAAAGCAAAGAACGUUUCACGUUUUCUAUUAUGUAAUUUUUUAUUGAUUUUUGAUUUUGUUUAAAUCUUUUAAGUCUAUUAAGUUGGGUUCAAUCGUUAUAAAUAUUAUUUUAAAGAAGAAACGAUACAAAUGCUAUACAAAUAUUAUUGAUAUAAAUAUAGUUUAUAAUUUUAUUAAAAAUACUGUUUAAACUGCAAAGCCCUAAAUAAAAAUUUAUAUACAAUAUAUUAAAAUUUAGAUGUUUCUUUAUUUACCACCUUCUUAUUUCUUUAACAAAUUAUGAUACUGAAACAAGGCCCCAAAACAACGACAAACAACACGAAUAAAAGGAAUACAUAAUUGAAGAUAAAGGCGAUAUUAACACUUGGGAAAAUAGAAAUACCUCUCGUUAAGUUCAAAAGCGUAUGAUAAAAUACAAAUUUAUAAAAGUAUUGAACAUAACCGAAUAACCAUUGAAAUAUAUUAAGAUGACUAAUAUGAAUUGUAAAUAGUUUGCAAAUGGUUCACAUCAAAUUAAUUAAAAAUAUUAAAAAACAAAUUAAUUUUUUGAACACUGCUAGCUAAAUUACUAUUGUCACACAUAAAUAGGUAGCUUAGGAUUGAGUUUUUCUUUAAGAGGCUACAUUUAAUGCAAUUAAAAUAAAAAUAAAUAAAAGGCAAAAAAUUAAAAUGAUGGCCAGUUUUCGGCCCCAGCUCUCCCAAUAGUUUUUUAUACUGACAAAACCUCAAACCAGGAAAGUAUAAGUAUAACAAAUGAAUAUACACAAGUAUACUGCAUUUAGCAUUAUAUAUACACCUAUAUAAAUAGUUUUAACGACAGUUAUUCAUAUAUACCAAUUCAUAAAUAUAUAUUUAUACGGGGUAAGGAUAUAGCAAAUUUCACACACAGCAACACAAAAAGUACAUAUAAAGUGCAUUAAUGAAUUUAAGCAUUUAAUGAAAUUAAUUAAUUUAUAAGCAUAACGAAAUAUAGGGGAUUAUUUCGAAUAUAUUUAAAAUAAAUAAAUAUUUACAAAUGGUAUAAAUUUCAUGGAGGAUAUAAGGAAAUAACCUAAUUACACUUAAAGCUAACUAACCCUAUGGCAAAUAAUAUUUACGUAAAGCAAAGCGGACUUAAUUUUGAUAAGAAUACCUACUAAAGUGCAUAUUUGAUUUGGUAAGUUAUUCUGUUACUAUGCACGUUUAAUCGAACCAGUUGCGCAUACAUUUUUGUACAUAAUAAAGCAUCUUAGAACUUACCAAUAAAUUAAAACCAUUUUCAACCAGCUCUCGAUUAAAGCUUAUUCAAAAUAAAGAUAUAAAUUUCGAUGAUCGGAGAAUAAAUUGGUUUCGAUAGACACAUCUGAUGAAUAUCAUAUAGUUAAUUUCAUUAUUCCGAAUCCAACUAGCGGGAGUCCUUAAGCGAAACUAUUUGGUUUUACUGUACAGUCAUACUUACACAAAUGAAUUUAUUUAAUUUGUAUGCAACCUAGUACCAUAAAAUUUGUACCAAAUCACACACAGACGAUUUAAGAUAUUAGCCGAGGAUGGAAUGAGAAUAACAAAACAAAUAAUGCAACGCCCUGUACCCGUGCAUAAUGCCUACAAAGAUUUGUUAAACUUGAUAUUACAAAUAAAAUACUAUUUACUAAAUACAAAAAGAUGCCCUGAACCGCAAUGAGUAGUGCCCAAACAUAAGAAUAACGGAAUACAAAAAAGUAAAAUAUAAACUAGCAUUUAAAAGUUAUAACGAAUUCUAAAACAACAGCCUCAAAAAUAGUUUUAAACAAAAUAGCAAAAAUAGCACAAUUUUGUAUAAAAAGGGAGUAGAAAUUUGUACGAACGCAAAAUAGAUCCACAAAAAAUUAACAGAACCGAGAGCAAUAUAACAUACAACAAAUUCAAGCAAAAUAUGGAAAACAAGUACUCAAUAUUUGAAUUACUUUAUCUUCAGUCUAUGCAGAAAAACAGAGGAGCGAUAAGGUCGAAGGUCGGUUGGAUGGAAGGAGGCAUCGUUGAUUGGCUGUGUUACAAAAAGAAAACCAAGUUGAAGGACCGGGAAACGUACGACGAAUUAGACCUACUAAGUGCACGAAAUUUGUGGGUGAAAACAAUUUUCCAGUAGCAGUCGGGUUUGAAAUGAUUGGUCGAGGUUAGUGUAGUUAUGUAGAUGCGUUCAGGGAACGCUUGUAGAAACCGAAACCGAAACUGAUAUUUAAUUAGAUUGGUUUUGCCACGUAGGAGUUUGGAUUUAUGCUGAAUUUAUGAAAGGGAUCAGAUCUUCAAGAGCAAGCAACUUCAGUUCAAAUUGUCACAUAUGCAUUUUAUUUUAAGUCAUCAACGAUUAGUUUAGAUAUUAUUCAUACUUUGGCUAUGCUAUAUUAAUCGUGAUUUGGAGGGAAGACUGUAGUGCAGUAAACGGCAAACUGUUUUAUAUUUAUCAUGAGCAUUUUGAUUAGAUUAUACUCGUUUAUCGCUGGUUUUGGGUUAAUGCGACUGUUCAACUCACUACCCAAUUUAUUAAUUCUUUAAAAUCGUUUUACAAAAACUAUCAAUCCCUAUCCACAAACAGAAAACUUACCCAAACAUAAUGAAUGUUACAAAUCUGAGUGUUAUGUUGUUGUCAUCUGUCACUGUUCGUUCACUGUCACUGUUUACAUGUAUCAAUUGAUUGUCCUCAUAUGUUGUCUUUGUCUCUAAAAAUCGUAUUAAAUAAUUCAGUAAAAACAAGCGUAUUCUAAGUCUCUAUAUAUGUACCUUUUUGCUAUGUAUUGUAUUUUUAUGUAACUGUAACUAUAUUAAAUAUAUAUGACACGCCCCUUACACCCACUACCCACUCACAUCCACACCUGCAUUUCACACUUACAUGGGAAACCAAGAAAGCAAAUGAUAAAUUUAACACUAUAUACACUUAAAAUUAAUGAUAAUUUUUAAAUUUAAAUCUGUAUAUGUGUAAAUGUAACUUUUGUCUAAGGAUUCACAGCAUUGAAAGUGAAAAAGAAAUGUAAGGGAAACCAAAUGAAGUUUCAAUUGAAUUUACAUUUGAAAGAAAAACAAAAUAUUUUAAUUUAACUAAGUACUUACAAGCAUAAUUGAGAAUGUUCACCCACAGACACACAAAACACACACAUGCAACACAAUAGAAAAAUGUUUAAACAAUUAAAUUUGAAAUUAGUGGAGACGAAAUUCUGUACGCUAUGUUUGUACUUACAAAUCGAUAUAUAUGUAUAUAUAUAUAUACAUAAAGGUAAUUAAAUUUAUUAAUUAAUUAUACAACAAAAAGCAAGCAAACUGCAGCAAACAGCAACAAGAACAACAGACACGUUCACUUAAUGUUUAACAACUGAACAAAAACAUUGAAAAUGAGAAAAUGAAAAAGACUAAAUAAAAUAAUAACGAAAUAAGCGUAA